GUGCACUGAGGAUGACAGUUGCAAUGGAAACACAGCACCUUCCCGCAGUAAGGGUACUGUCAGCACCAACACAAAGUAAAAAAACAGAAGCAAUGCCCAAACACACUCUCUUUGGCACUGCUCUGGAGGUCUUUGACCCAGAGGAGCGUGAGGCAAUAAAAAAUAUUGACCUUGAAACCCACAGAGUACCAAGUGGCCGCAAAUAUAUUCAGCGUUAUAUGGUUCCUGAAUUUGUAAAAAAUCACUUAAAAGGGAAAAGACUUUUCAUUGAGAAAACUAAGAAAGAUAUAGAAAAACAGAAAUCUGCAGUAGAGUCUGCUAGGAAAUCUCUACAAGAAAGAGAAGAAGAGGCCAAGAAGUUUGAAAUGGAUGUAUAUGAAGGAAUGAGGGAUGGGGAUCCAACCCCAAGACAAAAGAUUCUGAUGACAAUGGAGGCCUCAAACAUGCUAAAGGAAAUGAAUAGAGUUGGGCUCAAUGAAAGAAACAGUUACAACAGAGAUAAAUAUGGCCGAAAGCCAAGUGUUCACAGUUACAGUCUGAUGGGAGACGUCAUGCGUCCAAGAAAUAUGGACCUUCCAAGCAGGAGGGAGAACUCGAACUACUCACAGCACAAAAAGGAAAAAAUUGAGACAGUUCUCCCACUAGGACCCCAGGAUUCUAAUCAAUCUGCAAAUGGGUCAAGGCCUGCCUCAAGAAGAAGCUUAGCUGUCGAUUUGCCGGAAAAUAUCCGCCAUCAGUUUGGAAGCAAAAUCUGCGAAUCUUUACUUAAUGAUGAAAAAGUGGUUGAAAGAACCAUGCAGAAACAGAAAGAAGACAAAGAGGCUGCUUACAGAGUGCGGAAACCACUUUCAGUUCCAACCAUAGACAAAAAUUUAAAACCAGAGUACGAACAGUUAGGAAAUUUUAUGAGGAUGAAUGUGUUCCCUGGUUACAACGUUAAUCACAAAAUCAGCACAACAAAGUCAACAUUUACAGAUUCUGUUCACCUACAGCGGGUUCCCGACCCAGACAAAUGGCGCUACCAACGGGAUGAAUUAAGUACAUGGGCUGAAUUCAACAUUUUGAAUGAACGUAUGAAAAAGAGUUGGAACGAUUAUUUCACCAACCUUCCCAAAGCCGAGGCAAACUGGAAUAGAAAUGCUGCACCAAAACCAAAACCUGCACCCAAUCCUACUAAACAGAAACCAGUUAAAAAGAAACCAACUCAAAAACAAGAAAACCCUGCAAAACCGGAAUUUGAAGAGGUAGUCUUUGAAACACCCCCUAUUACUCCCCCUCCUGAUCAAGGGACAGUAAAACUGGCCCCUACAAAAGACAAUGAAUUUUGGGAUUUUUAUGAUAAAGGAGGGAAAAAAUAAUUUUUACUCUUUUUGAUAAAUGAAAAUCUGUGAUAAAAUAUUGUUUUUCUUUAUUUUUAAUGUUACAUGUACUUUCAUUUGUUAUAUAUCAUGCAGUCAUUUUGAGAUUAUAUGUGUGCAUGUACCUGUAUUAAUUUAAAGAUAUUGUUUGCCUAUAGUAUUAAGUGAGAGCAAGGCAAUAUUGGUGUUAUAAUUUCUUAUCAAUAUAUAUAUAUCUUUUGAUUUUUUUAUUGUUGUCAGCAUAUACC